AUGUCUAGCAAACCAGAACAGAAAAAUGUAGAUCUAACUCACAUGCCUCAGUACAUCAAACAGGCUCCUUGGUAUGUGGAUUAAAAGGACUAGCCUAUCCUUACUCAUUAGAGAGCAAGGAAUGAAGUUAAAAAACCUUCAAUAGACACCUGGUAUAGGAAAGGGGCAAAAAUUGACCAGUAAGUAACUAAAUACCGGAAGGGUGCUUGCGCUAAUUGUGGCGCAAUGACUCAUAACACCAAGACUUGCACAGAUAGACCAAGAAAAAUUGGUGCCAAGUAUAGCAAUAGAGAUUUUGCAAGUGACGAGAUAAUUGAAAAGAUCGAGUUGAAUUACGAGGGAAAGAAGGAUAGAUGGAAUGGCUAUGACCCUAGUACUUAUAAAUUAGUAAUUGAGGAAUGGGAAAAUUUGAAUGAGGAGCAAAAGAAAAAGAAAGAGUAGGAAAUCUAGCAAAAGCUUACGACAGGCAAAACAAAUGACAGUGACAGCUCUGAUGAGGACGAUCCAGAUAGAGAAGAUCUGAAUGAAGAUCAAAGUUAGUUUGCUAAUAAGGACCCAAGAGUAAGAACCACCAUAAGAAACUUAAGAAUUAGGGAGGAUACAGCGAAGUAUCUCAGAAAUUUAGACCCUAACUCAGCUGUAUAUGAUGGUAAAACUAGAACAAUGAAGGAAAACCCCAAUCCAGAACUUCCUGAGAAUAGAUAAGCGUUUAAAGGAGAUAAUUUUCAUAGAGUCACAGGUGAUUUUAUUACCCUCAUGAAUUAAGAAGGGUUCGUUCUUGAAGCCACUUAAAUGGCUGGAGUUGAAGUAAACAACAUUGCGAUGCCCAGUUAAGUAGAAAUAAUGCACAAGCAAUUCAAAGAAAAAAGUGAACUAUUAAAAAAUAAAAAAAUGCAGGAACUAUUGUCAAGAUAUGGAGGAGACUAGCAUUUGGUUAUUCCUGAAGAAUUAAGAGAGGGCAUGAAGGCUGAGUUGGAGGAUUUAGCUGAAUAACAGAAAAUGGCUUAGAAGCUAAAUAAGCCUGAAAUAAAAAACUUUGACAACAAGGGACUUCUAGGGAUUAAAUCAAAAUAUGAGGAAGAUGUUUAUGUUUAUGGUCAUUAAAGUGUCUGGGGAUCCUAUUGGCAUGCUUAAUUUGGAUGGGGCUAUAGAUGCUGCUAUAGUUUUGAUAAGAAAUCCAAGUGUAAAGGUGAGGAGUAGAAAAAAGAAACUAUCAAGAAAGAAUAUGAAUUUGAAUUAUAAAUUAAAAAGUAAUAAGAACAUGAUCAUAAAAAGUUGGUAGAAGAAACGAACAAAAAGUAUCUAAAAUAACCAGAAGAAAUAAAAGAAAAUGUGUAGCAAAUAGAUAUUUAGGAAGAUUUAGAGAAAAGUUCUUAAUUAGAGAAUAAGUAAGUUUAAAGGAAAAACUCUUCUUCUAAUUCUGACCAAUCUUCAUCUGAAUCUGAGGUGAGUUCUGAAAGCGAUGAAUCAUCUGGAGAAGACAGUGAUUCUUCUGGUCCUAGACAUAAAAGAAAGAAGAGAUAGGCUAAAAAGUAGCAAAAAGAAGAUAAAAAAUAGAAUAGAGAGACUAAGAACCACAUAGACUAAAAAGAGGGAUACUAUGGCUUGAAAUGGGACGAUAAAGUAACUGAAGAGGAAAUGGAGUAAUAUAAAAGAUAAAGAGAAUAGUUUGAUGAUCCAAUGAGAUAGUUCGCAACCAAAAAAUGA